AUGCUUCGAAGACAACCAACUGAAAUUGUGUUGAAAUUGGAUGAAAUUGAUGAGAUGAUAAUGGAAAUCAAGAAGCACGCUGCUGGUGAAGGUGAGGAAGUGGAAAAAGUUUUGGCACAAACUGCUGUGCGAUCACGUAUUGGUGCGCCGUCACCUCGAAUUCGAAUGACGCAAGCAACCGAUACUCAACUUGCGGGUACUUCAGGUGGCGUCUCUAAUUUGCCUUAA